AUGGCGGAGUUGGGUCUAAUUGCUAAUCAGUAUACGUACACAGUUUUGAUCGAUGGGCUAUUCAAAAACGGACUUAAAAAAGAUGGUUUUGACUUGUACGAAAAGAUGAAGCUUGAUGGUGUUUUACCUGAUAUAUUUACUUACAGUUCUUUGAUUAAUUUGUAUUGUAAUGAUGGUAGAGAUUUGUCAAGAGAUGAGGGUGCUCGAGGCAGAGAAAUUGGUGGAAGGGUUUUGCAAAGCUGGGAAGAUGGACAAGGCUUCAAGUUUGUUCAAUCAGCUGAAGUCUUAUGGUUAUCUUUAGUUACUUACAAUGCUUUGAUUGCGGGGUUUUCUAGAGUUGGAAAUCCAGGACGGGUUGUGGAUUUAGUUCGGGAAAUGGAGGAGAAAGGCAUUUCUCCGUCAAAAGUAACAUAUACAAUUUCUAUUGUUGGGAUUUAA